GACCACGAAGUUGGGUGAUUUCGGAGUUCCACACCCAUAUCUGUUCUGAUUUGUCUAUGAAACACCGGAUGCCUGGAUGGUAGCGAUACCAACAAUCGAUUGCUUCCUCAGACUCACGUACCCUUUUGUUUCACCAUUUCCAUAAGUUACACAGAUGGCUACACAUGAAAGUGCAUACAGUGAUUCAAUCCUCAAGGGAAGUGGAAUUAGAAUGAAGGAAUCCGUUAUACCGAUUUACAAAACUGAUCCCGAUAUUGUCUCCACAGUGAACAAUGAAGAAAACAUAGUCAUUGCAAACGGAAGAAUGGACAUUUGCUCCUCACCCCAACUUGCGAUGGACAAUACCGGAUAUGCCGAGCAUCGAUUUACUCCGUUCAGUCGAGAACAAACCCCGGUGCCAUUUGCACGUCCAACUCCUGGCGAGCUAUAUACUCAGAAUCAAUCUUGGUCAAGAAAAUCCUCAUCAACGGGGUUUUCAUAUUCGACAUUGAGCUCCAAUUAUGCACAUUCCACCACAUUUCCCACUGGUGCUCGUACGAUACAUCACAUUGGCACAGCUGGCGGCUUUAAUGCUGACCAGAGUUUAAACUCCUCGUCAAGCAUCAGCGAAUCGACAAAUGAAGCAUCCGUGGCGUCAAGGCCUAGAUGUCUAACGGAAGCAUCAUCAAACAACUUAAAAUCCUUAAAUACGAGGGUCAAUAAGGACGACAAGACACAAAGCACAAACCCACUAAUGUUCGAUCAGCUAAUAUCCUCUGAAUGCCGUGUAACUAGCCGAAGUUUUAAGCAUUCUGGAUCAGCAGCAGAGGAACGUCAAUUUAAUCGUGAUGUCGCAGACAGAGACAGGAGUACGGCACAAGGGGAGGUGCGCAAGGAAGCAGCAAACGUCCUAUACGACCAGCUACCCAUAACAGGUCGUUGCGACUCCCAGUUACUUGCUCACAAGCGCGACCAGGACAUAUGCCUGGAGGACGAAAGCUAUGAGGAGUACUUGGAAGAGGCUGACUCGGAGGAGGACUCUGGCAGAUCACCGUCUGCGAGGUUUGGAAAUCCUCCCUUGACAACAGCAUCAAUAGCACUAGGGACCACGGAAUACAAUGGACUAAUGAGAUCUUACGACUUGAAGGGAGGGCCUCGUGAGAACGGCGUGUUCCCCCACCAGAGUCCUUUCGGACCACUUCGGCAAAGAGGAGCCAAUCACACUACACCCGAUGUGGAAACCGGUUCAGUCUCGACUGCUGGUGAACACCAGUCACCGACCCAUUGCGCACUUGGAAUCAAAGCAAAUCGUGAGGGUCCUGGGCGGAUACUUGAACACCCUGGUCCACACGGGUCCAAGAAAGAAGACAGAGUGAAACGACCGAUGAAUGCAUUUAUGGUCUGGUCCAGAGGACAACGAAGGCGUAUGGCUCAGGAAAACCCAAAAAUGCACAAUUCUGAAAUCAGUAAACGCUUGGGGUCUAUGUGGAAAAGUUUGUGUGAAGCGGAAAAAAAACCAUUUAUUGACGAAGCGAAGCGUUUAAGGGCAAACCACAUGGCUCAAUAUCCGGAUUACAAAUAUCGACCACGUCGCAAGCACAAGCCGUUAGAGAAGCAUAGAAAGAAUUCCACAACCAUCAGUUCUGUAAUGGGUGGGUAUAUGUGCAGUGGUUCGAGUUCCAGCAUGACAGGACAUCCAGUAACCAGCUUGCCGUAUUCGGCUCGGAGCGUGUCCAGUUUAUUCGACACACUGAGCUCAAAUGCAACCCGAGCACACCAGUUUGGUCAUCACAUGCACCAAAUUGAGGAUCACCGUCAUCAUCAGUUGCAUGGGCUAUUUAACAGCGCGUCUCAAAUGUAUAGUGGACAGACACCGCCAUAUCUGCCACCGCAUUUAGCAGGGCUAAUGCAUGAUAACCCGCAUUGUGGACCCUUCUCUUCACCUGGGAUCAAGUUCACCCCCUCGAGCACCUCGCACUCGGUUCAUCAGCCAGCAUCCAUGUACCUCAACCCAAACAUCUCUCCAUAUUAUGCGACCGGAGUGCAGGAUGAAGAAUGUACAGUGCGUCUGUCGCGUAGCAGCCAUGAUGCUUUUGAGCAACCAACUCCGGCAUACCAGACAAAUUACCAUGCACCGAUUUCAUACCCCGCGAGGCAGUUCGCGGCGGCUACAACAUUACCAUACAGAGAGUAUCCCGAGGUGAACGCCCGCCUGGGUACCAAAGAGCAAUCGAAUACCGCCUGCAUGAUGACUUGUGAAGACGGAGGUGGCCAGGGAUCUCACAUUGCUCCACCUGAAAAUGCUCCAGACUCAGAAUUUAAUCGCUCCACUAAUUCACUUUCAGCAGCAGCAGCGGCAGCUCUUGCGGCUGCAGUAGUGUCUGAUGGAAAAAUUGCGUACAAUGCAAGCAAUCGUCGAGGUUCUCCUUCAAAUGAUUCGGCCCAUUCAUCUAUACUUCCAACCUGGCCCCUUCUUUAUUCGAAUUCAGAGGCCGGCACGAUCUACAGUAAUUCCCAAAUGACAGAACGCCAAGUGUCAGAAAGCCACAGUGCCCUAAGAUCCAAUCAGGCUGGCGGGUCUAGCGUUGACUCGCCUCCACCCUUUUCCACAGAAAGAAGGAGUGGCUCAAGCACUCCGGCACAAGGAAUGGGCGCUAGCAGCACCGCUGCUGCUGCCAUGAUGGCUGCGGUAGCUGCGGCCAACUAUGCAGCCUCACAACUGGCCUACUAUGGGGCAGGAAACGCGUGCGACUCAAACACUGACGUUCGAUAUGGAUUGAAUGGCUCGUCCUCAAAUCUACCGGACGCUAGUUGGUCUAACUUUGCCGGUAGGUCAGUGGGUUCAUCCUGGUCUAUGCUACAGAGGUCUGAAACGGGAACCUCGAAUAGGUCUGUGAACAGUCUGGUCAUGCCAAGUGAUUCCCAAAACCCGUACGCUGCUUACUUUCAGUUGGAGGGUUAUCCUCACUUCACUAAGUCCCACGCAUCACUGGGUGGGGCAUUUUCCGACCCUCAGCAAAGUCGUCACUUAUGGCCAGACUCCAGUGAUCCAUAUAAUGAAGGAGACGGACGAAGCAAUUCCCUUCCCUUACCCACCGGACUGACCAUGCAAAAGUUGGCUCAUAAAGUAUACUCCAACAGACACUUUAGUGCUAGUUCAGCGGAGCCCACACGACAGCAAGACGAUGGCUCAUGAACGAUAGCAUAAUUCGACAGAAAGGGUAUCUUAGUAUGCGAUUAAAAAAUGAGUACGAUGUACAUCCCUGUGUCAACCGGUGUGGAUAUUGUCAUCGUACAACACCAGUGCCAAGCUACACAGACGAUGCGACUGAUAUGCACCACUUUCCGGGCUGUAUUAUUUUUGUGAAUGGCUCUUCCUAUAAGUGAUUCUGGGACCAACGUCCAGCCACAGGUCCAUGUAUGCCAACAAAGCUGAUUAUUUUUUGGUAGAUCACCAAGUCUUUCGAAGCAUGUCCAAUUUCUCAACGAACCAGUGAGUAUUCAGCAUUUCUUUGGCUGAUCUGAUGUAUUCAUUAGCUUGUAACUUUGAAUAAUGAGGGUCGCAAGCUUCUUCGAACAGACAAUGUGUUCACAGAUGCAGGAAGUUUACUAUUCACACCGCAGAUUAAAUCCAUGUUGACUAUUGGAAAACCACGCGACGUUGUUUAUCCAAGUUUGCGUCGCGUACGGCUCUCUGAUUGGCCGUUCACUGCCCACAAGGAUACAAUCCUUCCACUCAUUUUGCCAGCAUUGGUAUCUGUAGAUUCCUCCUCAGCUAAUCUGUAGUUUCAUAUAAACAGAUUAUGAGAAUGUGCAUGUAUAUAUUCGCCUAUUUGUAACUAUUACUCCCAUUCAUUCCAGAAGGCAUGUACAGAAUUGACUCAUUUUGGCGAAAACGCAGUGACUGACUACCUAAUACACAAUUAUCUCUGAUUAU